AUGCCAUCCUCCAAACGCGCCUCCUUUGCCGAAGCCGACACGCCCCUGAGACCGCACCGCGGCAUCACCUCCUCGCUCACUGGGCUCGCCAGCUCGGCUGAUGCCCGUCGCAGCUCCUCCUCGCAUAUAUCCAAGACCUACCGCCAGGCGUCGACCCUCUUCUUGACCCGUCGCCUGCCCGAGGCCCUGUCGACUAUUCUUCCCCUGGUGACCCCCCCUUCGCAAGCCGCUUCCGAGGCAGACAAGGAGAAUGGGGUUACUAGUCCUACGACUGCAACUGCGGUCCACGAGCCGGCCCCUGUGGCCAGGGCGUCGCGCUCUUCGAGGAUCAAGGUGUGGAGUUUGUAUCUGACUAUCUUGAAUGCUGUGCUGGAGAUGGCGCCUGAUGAGGGCAAAGACGCGUUUGGCACACAGGAGUGGCGCGCUAUUUGCCAUAAAGUGCGCGAGGGCGAGAUUUGGGAGGAGGUGGUUAGGAACGGGUACCAUGGUGUCGAGGGAGAUGUUGAUCCCGAUGUGGUUAUCAACUUGGCAACCCUCCUCCUUGCACACGCCAAAACACAGCAACUCAACCAGAAACGCCUGGAAAACUACUUGGCUACCACUCGCGCCCCAAACUUAGACUCCAUAUCCGAGGCACACUUUGCCCAGCCCUCAACCCCCCGUCUUCGUCCCGCUUCUCCCGCGCGCAGCGUCGCUGGCGCCAACACUCCGCGCGACCUUGCUGCGCGUGUCAAGCUCCUCGAGCUGUACACGCUGCACGUUUUGCCGCGCAACGGCGAGUGGGACUACGCCCGUGAGUUCAUCAGCGUCAGCCCCGUCCUCGACGAGGAGAGGCGCGACGCCUUCCUCCAGGCGCUUACUACCCUACGCGAGGAGGCUGCUGAGGCCGAACGCAGGGAAGAAGAGGAGCGCCGUAAGCGCGAGGAGAAGAUCCGGCGGGAUAUCGAGGAGGCUAGGAGGCUGCGCGCCGAGAACGAGGCGCGCGAGAGGAAGCGCAUUGAGGAGGAGCGGGCACGCAGGGAGAAGGAGGAGAGGGAACGGAAGGAGAAAACUGCCGCAGCGGCGGCGGCGGCGGCGCAGAAGAAGGGGGCAGCAGGGGAUCCUUCGCGUGGUGGGCUAAGACGGACGGUCAGCACGUCUUCGUCGACUUCGGCGUCGACGAGUGCUAGUAGCCCGACUAGGGCUAAGUUACCUCCGGCCACGCGAAAACCGGGCGGGCUGUCGAAGAAGAGCUUGUCAUCGUCCAGCUCCUCGGGAGCAAAGUCGCCGCCUUCACUGGCCAGUCGCGCGUCUAUGGUUCUGUCGAACCUGCGCGCGCUGUUGGUUGAUGAUGUCGCUGUGGCGUUCAGGACAAACCCUUACUUCUUGCUACGCAUGCUGGCGUUUGUGAUUGGCUUCCUACUGCUGCUGAGCCGGAAGAAUGUGCGCAAACGGCUGAACAGGGUGCUGCAAGUUAGCUGGAAUAAGGUGAAGGCUACUGUGGGGAUGGGGGCUAAGGUUAGUUAUAUUUGA